AUGCGUUCUCUCGAUCUAAUUGAUCAUUCUCCUCAACAGCCGGAAGCAGCAUCACCACUCGCGAAUGCUUCAAACGUCAUAAUCAUCGACAAUUUCGAUUCGUUUACUUGGAACAUAUAUCAGUACUUUGUACUUGAAGGCGCAACGGUGGACGUAUAUCGAAAUGAUGAAAUCACCAUCGAGGAUCUGAUUGCCAAAAAUCCCACACAGCUGGUGAUCAGUCCAGGUCCAGGUCAUCCCAAGACAGAUUCCGGCAUUAGCAGAGAUGCUAUCAAACAUUUCGCGGGUAAGAUUCCUGUGAUGGGAGUCUGUAUGGGCCAACAAUGCAUGAUUGAUCUUUACGGCGGCGAAGUUAGCUAUGCUGGGGAAAUAUUGCAUGGGAAAACCUCCCCUCUUCGCCACGACUCGAAAGGAGUGUACAGCAACGUUCCACAAGAUGUAGCUGUUACACGAUAUCAUUCGCUUGCCGGUACACACCCUACGCUUCCAGAGUGUCUUGAAGUCUCGUCUUGGAUUGCGAUUGGUCCGGAUGGGGGAAAGGGAGCCAUCAUGGGUGUACGACACAAGGAGUAUGUUCUUGAGGGUGUCCAAUUCCACCCUGAAAGUAUCCUCACCGAAGGUGGCCGACUCAUGCUCAAGAAUUUUCUACACAUGCGAGGAGGUACUUGGGAAGAAAAUGAAUCUUUUAUAAAGGGUGAAGCGCAACCCCAAAAAGGUCCUAGUGGGCCAGGGAAGAAGGAAAAUAUCCUGGAGAAGAUCUUCGCGCACCGAAAAGCAUCAGUCGCUGCUCAAAAAGAGAUUCCUUCCCAACGACCUGGUGAUCUUCAGGCUGCUUAUGAGCUUGAUAUUUCACCUCCCCUUGUUUCUUUUGUUGACCGUUUAAGAAAGUCGCCCUUUCCGUUGUCUCUGAUGGCUGAGAUUAAGCGAGCAUCCCCUUCCAAAGGCAUUAUAUCGCUGGCGGCCUGCGCUCCUGCUCAAGCUAGAAUUUACGCUCUCGCUGGAGCCAGCGUGAUAUCUGUCCUAACGGAACCUGAGUGGUUCAAGGGUAGCAUAGAUGAUCUGCGGGCCGUUCGCCAAUCGUUAGAAGGCAUGCCAAACCGACCUGCUGUCUUGAGGAAAGAGUUCGUCUUUGAUGAAUAUCAAAUUUUGGAGGCUCGACUUGCUGGAGCGGAUACUGUUUUGCUCAUAGUGAAGAUGCUGGAUGAGGCAACUCUUACACGACUUUACAAAUAUUCACAAUCACUCGGCAUGGAACCUUUGGUUGAAGUCAACACGGCCGAUGAAAUGUCAAUUGCAGUGAAACUAGGCUCAAAGGUUAUUGGUGUCAACAAUCGUAAUUUAACAAGUUUCGAGGUCGAUCUUGAUACCACGAGUCGGCUCCUUGACCAGGUUCCAAAGGAGACUAUUGUCUGCGCUCUCAGCGGCAUUUCCGGGCCGCAAGACGUUGAAGCAUACAAAAAGAAUGGCGUUGGCGCGGUCCUCGUUGGAGAGGCUUUGAUGCGUGCUAAAAACACUGCCGAAUUCAUUCGAGAAUUACUUGGGGGUUCGGAGCCUGCAGUCCGAUCAGCGCCUGGAAGUCUCUUGGUGAAGAUUUGUGGGACCAGAACAGCAGAGGCUGCUACAGAAGCCAUCAAAGCGGGUGCCGAUCUUAUCGGAAUGAUUCUGGUGCCAGGUAGAGGCAGACAUGUUCCGUAUAAGGAUGCCGCUGCGAUCUCAAAAGCCGUACAUGAAACUCGUACCACCACUGGUACAGUCCUUAUCGAUAGAAGUAGCAGCCUGGCUACUGACUUCUUCGCCAACGCUGCCUCAAACAUUUCAAGCCACAGAGCUCUGUUGGUUGGCGUUUUUCAAAAUCAGAGUUUGGAAGAAGUCCUAGAAUUGCAAAAGGCAUACGAACUUGAUAUCGUUCAGUUACAUGGUAAUGAACCCUUGGAGUGGGCAAAUAUAAUCCCGGUCCCAGUUAUCAAGAGUUUCAAGCCAGGCCAAUCUGGGCUAGGUAGAAGAGGCUAUCACACAGUCCCAUUACUCGAUUCUGCAUCGGGUGGAUCUGGCCAGAAACUCGACAUGAGCGAAGUGCAGAAUGCCUUGUCGAAAGAUCAAGAUUUAAGAGUCUUGUUGGCAGGAGGUCUUAACUCAGAUAACGUCGCGGAUGCUGUUAGAUCGGCCGGUGAAAUAGGUGAAAGAAUUAUUGGAGUCGACACGAGCAGUGGAGUUGAAGAAAACGGAGUUCAAAGUAUCGCCAAGAUUAAAGCUUUUAUAAAAGCCGCCAAAUCGGUCAGAUGA